AUGGAGAAGUCAACUCGCAGUUUUUCUUCAUUCAAGAGGUUUACACCUCAGAAUAACUACGAGGCAGCAAACGAAAAGGAAAAGAAUGUUUGUUAUCGUUGCCAAGGACAAGGUCACAAAUCAAAUGUUUGUCCAAGCAGAAGAACUGUUGCUUUGCUAGGAGAAGAAGAAGACGAAGAACAAGAGUUUAAUGAGGAUGAUGAAUAUGAAGGGGUUGAAUUUGCUGAAGAGGAGUCACAUGAGAAGAUAAACAUUGUGCUUCAGAGAAUCUUAUUGUCAUCUAAGGACGAAGGACAACGCAAGAAUUUGUUUAGAACACACUGCUCAAUUCAAAACAAAGUGUGUAAUGUGAUUGUGGAUAAUGGAAGCACAGAGAAUUUGGUUUCUCAAAAGCUGGUUGAUUUUCUGAAGUUGCCAACAAAAGAACAUGAGAACCCAUAUCCUCUUGGGUGGAUAAAGAAGGGCUCACAAGUUCGAGUCACAAUGACUUGCAAAGUUCCCAUCUCCAUUGGGAAACACUACAAGGAAGAGGUAAUUUGUGAUGUUCUUGACAUGGAUGUUUGUCAUGUUUUGUUUGGUCGACCUUGGCAAUAUGAUAAUGAUAUCACAUAUCGAGGACGAGAUAAUGUGAUAUUGUUCACUUGGGGAAUACAUAAAAUUGCUAUGGCUCCUGUUUUGGAUUUUGAUAAAAGCGCAGGGAAAAAGAAGUCCAAUUUCUUGGUAAUGACACAUAGUGAAAAGGAGCUAGACGAAGCUUUCAAAGAAACUAAAUGUUUCUUCCCUGUGGUAGUUAAAGGGUUAAUGAGUGUGGUGAAUGAGGAAGCAACAACUCCAGAAGAAGUGUUAGAGAUUCUAGAAGAUUUCAAGGAGUUGACUGCAGAUGAAUUGCCAAAUGACCUGCCUCCUAUGCGAGAUAUUCAACAUCAUAUUGACUUGAUUCCAGGUUCUAGCUUACCAAACCUUCCCACUAUCGUAUGA